GUUUACAAAUUGCAGUCGCUUCUCAGCUGCUUCAAUUUUAACACCCAAGAGAUAAACACACUUUUAUUGUAGAAAUUAUUAAUUAAAAAUAAAGAACUUGGCCAUGGGCAAAGUUAUGUCGAUGGUGGCACGCAAAGCCAAUCGCUUCAAUGUGGAGAAUCGUGCGCAUCGUGUGCUGGAACGUGAAAAACCAAUGCCGGCGCCCAAAUACGAAUCCAAUCUGCGGGACAUGGAGCGAACUCUCGAAUUGGAUCCCAAGUUUGUGGACAAGCUAAACAUAAAGGACGAUGGCUUGAACACACGACUAAAAGAUGUUUAUGUAACAUCAGAGGAUCAAUUUAUUGAGCGUGUUAUCAAACGACAAGCGGCAACAGCAGCCAGCGAAGACAAGCAGGAACGACCGCUGCCUUUGGAGCGCACAACUCCGGAUGACUUUGAAUACGGUUAUUUGGAGCCGGAACGUGUGGCUCACGGACGUUGCACACUGCGACAGGCGCUGCAGUUCAUUAACGAUCACCAGCUGGAUCCCGAAACGUAUACGGCCAGUAAAAUUGCAAACGAUUACAAAUUAAAGCAGGAUCAUCUUGAGAAUAUAUUGUACUAUUUUAAGACCUUCAGCGUCUAUAUACCGGAUCAGAAGUACAAGGAUACGUUGCUAACGCGCGCCAAGCAGGAACUGCUGGAGAGGAAAACAAGUCCAGAGGAUGCCGAGAGUAGCAAACCAUAAUUAGGAUAGCAAAAAGAUAUAAUAAUUGUUGUUAAUGUUAAACCUAUGAUUUAUUGUACAACUUGCAAUGGAUCACACAAUGGCAUUGGGUGGGCAAUAGUAAAUAUUCAGCGACUUGUCUUCCGAGACAGAAAUCACUUUAUCAUUGCCUGGACUAUAUUUAACGCCCCACACUUGAUCCGUGUGUUCAUUGAAGGUAUUCAAGCAUUUUCGUUCCGCUGUAUCCCAAACUUUGACGGUGCGAUCGCUGGAGGAGCUGGCAAAGUGUUUGCCAUCCUCGGAAAAGGACACACAAAGCACCCAGGAGGCAUGGCCAGACAGCGUGCCCACCACAUCGGAAUGUGCACUGUUAAAAAGCAUGAUAUGAAUACAAGAAGAUAACGAAGUUGCUCUAAAGCUAAGCUUACACGUCGUAAAGCUUCAUGUGCCCGUCGUCCGAACCCGUGAGCAACAUUUGUGAGUUGGGCGAAAAGCAGAGACUUCUAACAGGCAUCGCAUGACCUUCAAGAGUUUGUGCUACUUUGCCAGCAACCACAUCAAAGAUGGUAAUGAUCCCAUCAAUAGCGCCAUUCGCAAUAUACUUGCCAUCAGGACUCUGUAAAGGAUUUCAAAAAGAAUUUAAAACGUUUUUAGGCAAUCUUCUGCUUUGCUUUACUCACGUAUGCUAUACUCAACGUAUAUUUGCCAUUCUGGGCGUCCAGCACCUGCUCUGCUUUGCCCGUUUCCACGCUGUACAUGGAGAUCUUGCCAUCGUUGAGGCCUGAGAUCACAUACUUGUUGCAAGGCGAGAAGCCCACAGUCCACAAAUCCACAGGACCAAACGUCAGCUUGUGUUUUUUUUCGCCCGUUUUGGCAUCCCACAGAAACAUGCUCGAGUCCAGCGAGCUGCUGGCAAUUGCUGCGAGAGAAUAAAUUACAUAUAUUUAUGGCUGCUUUUUAUCUUGGACAAACUUACUUUGACCAUCGGAGCUGACUGCCACGGAGACAACACCUAGAGCAUGGCCCUUCAAUUGAUGACGCAGUUUGAGUGUGUUAUCCUCACGUAAAUCCCACACCUUAACCAGAUCAUCUAGUCCGCCGCUGACAAUGAAAUCCGUGGGUUUUGGCUCCUUUUUUGUCGAAAUCAAAGGGAUUUUCCUCAGCCGGCUCAUCAAUGUUUUCAUCGUCGGCAUUUGUUGCCGGCUCCGGGUCGCGUCCCCAGGCGCAUGCCCACAGUGCGUUGUCGUGUGCGUUUUCCUCUUUGUGCAGCAAUGAGAACUGCAAAAGUAUAAACAAUUUACACUAAGGACUAUAGUUUUAUGAAAUACUAUUUACCAUUUUUAAAAGUAAAAUUCAAUUAACUUUUUGCAAACAAACAAUACACGCUGGUUCCGCGCUGGCAAAUAAAUUGAGUUUGGAGCUAGCUGGAGUAUAUGGAACUAGUUCGUUUUGGCUUAACAACAAUCCCAUAUGUUUUAACAUAAUGUUAUUUAACAUGACUUCUCCAAUUACAGAAUAACAGCGCUACAAUUUGAGUAGCACUAUAAAUUUUAAGCAGAAUUUUGGCAUUAGAUUAGAGUAAUGUUCCGUGUUAUUUAAAGCAACAGUUAAGUUUAGCAUUUUGUUUUUCAUUUAUGAUUGCAGCUAGCUUUGUUUGCAAAUAAAAUUUGCAAGUUUAUGUGCUUGGUAUUUUUUCUAACGUGCUUUGCGCAUUUUCGAGUUCGCGUUUCGUGGUCACACUGCCGCCAACACUAGUGCAGUCGAAAAAAAACCAUUGAGCACGGUAGACGCGACGAUUUGAAAAACGACAGUGUGUUUUUAGAACCAAAACAAGUCAAUUUCAAUAGUUCAACAGUUGUAAAAUUCAAGUUUUAUUUAAAG